CUUCAGCCCACCAUCUUGUGUGUCAUCGAUCGAUCCCUCCACUUACCUUUCUUUCCCUUCUCAUCGUCUUGUUCCCACGGUGAUUGAGACUGAGCAAUUACCCCCGUCCAUCACCAUGGCUGAUAACAACGCUGUUAAGGAGGCCGAGGCCUCCAUGGCCAACCUCCUCCUCGAUGAGGUGACCGGCGAAAAGGUCUCCAAGUCCGAGUUGAAGAGACGCCAGAAGAACCGUGAGAAGGAGGCCAAGAAGAAGGAGAAGGAGGCCGCUGCUCCUCCCAAGGCCGAGAAGAAGACCUCCGCCGAGGAUGAGGAGGCCAAACUCACCCCCAACCAAUACUUCGAGAUCCGCAGCAAGAGAAUCAACAAGCUGCGCGAGACCAAGAACCCCGACCCCUACCCCCACAAGUUCCAGGUCACCGACGAUCUGCGCAAGUACCUCACUGAUUAUGAGGGUCUCGCCAAGGGCGAGCAGAAGCCUGAGGUCGCUGUCCGCAUCGCCGGUCGUAUCUACACCAAGCGUGCUUCCGGCGCCAAGCUGAUCUUCUACGAUAUCCGCGCCGAGGGCGUCAAGGUCCAGGUCGUCGCUCAGGCUCAGCACGCCACUGGCGACGUGCCUUUCGAGGCUCAGCACGAGCACCUCCGCCGUGGUGACAUCGUCGGUAUCGUCGGUUUUCCCGGUCGUACCAGCCCCAAGAACCGUGCCGACGGUGAGCUGUCCAUCUUCGCUACGGAGGUGGUCCUUCUUUCUCCUUGCUUGCACGCCAUCCCGUCCGAGCACUUCGGUCUGCAAGACAAGGAGCAGCGCUUCCGCCAGCGCUACCUGGACUUGAUCAUGAACGACAGGUCCCGUAACGUCUUCGUCACCCGUUCCAAGAUCGUGCGCUACGUCCGCAACUUCUUCGAUAACCGCGACUUCGUCGAGGUUGAGACUCCCAUGAUGAACGCCAUCGCUGGUGGUGCCACCGCCAAGCCCUUCGUUACUCACCACAACGACCUCGACAUGAACCUGUUCAUGCGUGUUGCUCCCGAGCUGUACCUGAAGAUGCUGAUCGUCGGUGGUCUCGAGCGUGUGUACGAGCUUGGUCGUCAGUUCCGUAACGAGGGUAUCGACCUCACCCACAACCCCGAAUUCACCACUUGCGAGUUCUACUGGGCUUAUGCCGAUGUUUACGAUGUCAUGAACCUGACCGAGGAGCUGGUUUCCGGUCUCGUGAAGCACAUCACCGGUGGCUACGAGACCACCUUCCACACUCAGUCUGGCGAGACCUACAACGUCAACUGGAAGGCCCCCUGGCGCCGCGUGGAGAUGAUCCCCGCUCUUGAGGAGGCUACUGGCGAGAAGUUCCCUCCGGGUGACCAGCUCCACACCGCCGAGACCGGCGAGUUCCUCAAGCGUGUGCUUAAGAAGACCGGUGUUGAGUGCUCUCCCCCGAUGACCAACGCUCGCAUGCUCGACAAGCUGGUUGGUGAGUUCAUCGAGGAGACUUGCGUCAACCCCACCUUCAUCACCGGCCACCCCCAGAUGAUGUCUCCUCUGGCCAAGUACCACCGCAAGAACGUCGGUCUGUGCGAGCGUUUCGAGGCUUUCGUCUGCAAGAAGGAGAUUGUCAACGCCUACACCGAGUUGAACGAUCCGUUCGACCAGCGCCUGCGUUUCGAGGAGCAGGCCCGCCAGAAGGACCAGGGUGACGACGAGGCGCAGAUCAUCGACGAGAACUUCUGUACCAGCUUGGAGUACGGCCUGCCGCCCACUGGUGGUUGGGGUAUGGGUAUCGACCGCCUGGUCAUGUUCUUGACGGACAACUACAGCAUCAAGGAGGUUCUGGCCUUCCCCUUCAUGAAGGAGGACAAGACUGCACAUGAUACCAAGCCCGCCGCGGAGGUGGUUGGCAUUGAGCCUCAGGCUGAGGAGGGUAUUGCCCACAAAUAGAUAAAUGUGACGAACUGAUUAUUAGAUGUUAGUAUUUUCUGAUGACUAGUUGCAUGGUAUUCGGAUGUCAAUGAAGGAAUGCAUAAAAUGAUUAUAGAUGCGAGAUGUAGUAAAUUUUUUUUUUCUCUUCUUAUACGCCUACCUUAUCCCUCUUAUAGUAUUUACC